AUGAUUCACAGAGUUUCAUUUUAUGGUAAAACUACAUGGUUCACCAAACAGCAUUUAAUUGAUUGGUUUCUUUGUUUAGGUAUAUUUGUAAUUGAGAGUGUUUUAUUUAAUUUUGUAAUUCCACCAUUCAAACGUUAUGAACCAGAAUCAAAUAUAUCAACCAAUACUUUUCAAUUAGUUCAAUAUCCAUUAUUACCAGACAUUGUGCCAGUUUGGUUACUAAUGUUAAUUGCACUUGGAUUACCAAUGGUAGUAUUCAUUGGAUAUUAUAUAAAGAAUAGAAAUUCACAUGACUUCCAUCACGCAGCAUUAGGUUUAUUUCAAGCAUUCACAAUCACAAUGCUAUUCACUGACAUUUUAAAAGUUAGUGCUGGUCGUUACCGUCCAGAUUACGGUGCACGUGUUGCAACUGGUAUCGAAGCUGUCAUUAGAGAGGGUCGUGUAUCUUUCCCAUCUGGUCAUUCUUCAGUUUCAUUUUGUGGUAUGACUUUUCUCUCAUUCUAUCUUUGUGGUAAAACUAAAGUUUUCCUAAAAGAUGGUGGUAAUAUUUUAAAAGCAUUAGUUUGUCUUUGUCCAUUUAUGAUAUCUGCUUUAGUUGCUGUUUCAAGAACUGUUGAUUAUCAUCAUGAUUUUUCUGAUAUUUUAGCAGGAUCUGUUAUUGGUUUAUCAAUUGGUGUUUUUGUUUAUUUCAUGAAUUUUAAUUCAUUAUUUUCAAAAGAGUGUUCUUUACCAAAGAAUAGAAUAAAUCCUCACUAUGCAAGAGAUGGUUUAUUGAGUGCUGAAUAUCAAAGUCUUUCAAUUUCAAGUAGUCUUUAA